GCAAUACCGGUAAUCCAGUUUUCGGAAUACCGGUUUCUAUUCGCUAUAGUGAACAGUCUUUUGUUAUUCUAAUACCGAUUCACAUUCGCUAUUGUGAACAGCCUUUUGUUAUGCUGUCGCCGUAAAUCCAGAUAUCUAGCAGCCCGUGUGUUUCAGAUAACGCCAUUUUUCAUUAUUUAAUUUUGAUUGAAAACUACUCCGCGAGUGAAAAUGGUCGAAAAAGAUUCAGCAUUUCAUAUUAUAUUGCCUUUCUGUGUCGAAACAGAAUAUGAUCCGUUUUUAGCGGUACUAAAAUGUGCCGUUGCACGGGAAGUCUUAAAAAAUAAUGAUUUAUUUUGUGCAUUUAAAUCCGCGAUGGAAGGAGAAGAUUUUUUUCUUAAAAAUAAGGAUCUUACCCAUUGUUGGAAGACUCUUGAAACCGAAACGCAAAAGAAGCGACAGAUGAAACUACUAGGUUUCUGGGCUAUAGCCAAUUUUCCUACAUUGGGAGAUAGAUUGUUUGGCGAGGCGUUUCAGUCGUCUCGCAGAGAAAAAAUUUUCGUUGCUGGAGGCACGUACGUCCAGGCUGAGGAGAUUGAUCAGCUCGUGUUUUCCAAAAUAAAACUAAACGUGAUCAGAUUAACAGUCCAUGGAAGCACUCGCAACAAAUUAAAACAUUUUGUAGAAGUGCCGGAUUCUGUUGGUGCUGGUCGACUCAAUGAAUUAAAAAUUUCGAGAAAAAUGGAUUCGUUUGACGUGCACAAUAAUUAUCUACAAAGUUGCUGGGACGCACUGAAAUGUGGAAAAUAUGUGAUGGAUUCUGAUAACGAGCAGGAAAAUGAAACGGUAAUAUAUCCGUGCGUGACAACAACAAUGGAUGAAAGCGAGACUGGUCCAAUCGAAAAUGAGCGAGAAAUGCCGCUACCUAAACGGCAAUGCCGUCUUCAUCGCAGUGAACAGUUUGGAAUAGAUUUUGUGGAUAAUACGGGCGGUGGAUCAACCAUUGAUUCUCGAAAUGUGUCGACACUUGAUGUGCAACUUUAUCAAGGAUUCGGCAGUCAUGUGCAAAUGGAUGUUGAACAAGGAGAUGGAGAUACAAACGGAGACUCGCUUCGAGCAAUUGUCUUGAAAAUUCGAGACGACGUUGAAAAUUUGGCAAAAUCCAUUCAAGCUCAGGAAUCUGAGCGAGCUCACGUCAUGGUAAUUAAUCAAAAAGAUACUGAACUUGCUCGUAUCAAUGAAUCACACAACGAAUUGGAAGAAACGAACAAAAAAUUACUCACCAAUCUCGUUAACCUGGAAAAGGAAAUCGAUAGCUACAAGGAAAUAAUCGCGUCAUUGAAAUUCGAAAACGACACCAAAACUCAGCUCAAUGACAAAAUCAAGCUUGAACUGGCUGCUAAUACUGAAUUGAAUGGACGAUUAAAGACCGAUGUUGAGCUUUUGCUCAAAUCUUUAACCGAAGCAAAAAUAGAGGCCGAGUCACACAGAAAGGCUACCGACGAGCUCGCAUUGCUGAAAGCUAAAAAUGACCAAACUGCUGCAGAGCUGCUUUCCGAAAAGGCAGCAAGUUUCAAGUUGAAUGCAAACAUGAAAGUUGAAGCGGAAUGGCUGCGAAAAAAGCUGUACGAAGCAGAAAAGGUGAUCCAGUCGAACGAAGCAUUCAAAGCGAAAAGUGCUGCCAUCGUUGCUGAACUCAAUUCUGAAAUUGAAUAUAUGGCGAAAGUUAACUCCGAAUCGGCGGUGAAAAAUGUACAGUUGGCUCGCGAGAUAAAUUUCUUAAAACAGCACGACAAGCAAACUAACGUGGAUGCCUUUAGUCGGGAUGAAGAGUACUUUCGUAAACCAAGGACCGAAACCACGACUGAAAUGGAAUCGAAUCGUGACGACCCGACUAAGUUUGAUCCAACUAAAUCUGAGUUCAUUGGCAGUGACAGAAAAGACGACGAAGAAGAAUUUGAAACGGAUGAUGCAUUUGUGAAGGAGUGUCGUCCGAAGCUGCUAAAAUUGAAAUUUGGGUGGAUGAAGUUCUCGAACAAGAAGAAUGCCAAAUUCUACGCUGGCUUCGUCUACCCUCCAGACGAAAAUGGAAAUAACCGCGCUCUCAAGAUCAUCAGUUCUGGGUACCCUGACCUAAAGCCAAGCGAAUAUUUUAACUUCAACGAAAAUCUAUCUGAAUUUGAAAAAAGACCUGCGGAAAAAACGGCACUGAAAAAAUUUAAUUUGAAAUUUAAAUUUAAUUUAAAUUAAAUAAAAUGGA